AUGUUUUGUUCAAUGUUUAAAAUUCCAAAUCUUGUUGAUGUCAUCAAGAUUUUUGUCGAUGGUGAUAAUGAAUAUCCAUCUGUGGAAUUAACCAAUUUUUAUACACAUACAAUUGAUCUUAUUCAAUCAUUUUUAAUUAAACACAAUGGCUUAUCGGAAACACGUUCGAAUUAUUUUCAAUGUGUCUUUGCUCGAAUGAAAAUUGUUUAUGUUGAUCGAAUUCGUUUCUCGUAUUCAUACAAUAAUAAUACAAGACGAUCCUCAACAUCAUCGAAAAUACAUUCGACGUAUAUUGAUGAAUCAGCUGCGAAAUUUUUUAUUUUAAAAACAAUUGAAAAACCUGAAAAACAUAUUAAUACAAUGGUAAAUUAUUUAAUUGAAAAUGAAUCAAUGCGUCUCAAACUUGCAGAAUUUAUUAAGAAUCUGUAUAAAACAUAUCAACAAAAAGGAGAACACGGUCUGGCAAGUUUACGACAAAGCUUUCCCUUACAAGGAGACUCUGUCAAAUGGAUCAUACCUUCGAUUGUCAAAGAACCUGAGUCAUUGUUACUAGAACAAGAAGAAGAUGAUGAUGAACAACGGACACGUAUCAAUAAUACAUCCGUCCAUAUUUCAGAUGAAGCAAUUGAAAACAUGAAAAAAGAAUCGAAUUGCUUUCCAUUAAAACUUCAACCUAAUAAAGUGGAUGUGGAAGGACCAAAGCCACUUGUCUGUUUUCCAGCCAAGCUAGGAACUAUGGGAUUAAAUUUACCAUCCAAUGCAGUCUUACAAGAAAGAAAAUCGCAACCAGUCAAUGUUACAACAGAAAAGAUUUUUACAUCAUCUACAUCUGAAAAUGACCAAGAUAAUAAAAAAAACUAUGAUGUCCAACGACAUCUAAAAAUAAAUAAUGAUGGUCAAUAUAAACAAAAGAAACAAAAUGAUGAGGAAGGGAUAUCACACAAUAAUCCCACAUAUAUCAACAAAAAUGCUCAACAAAGAACAAUUGAAGGUGAACGAUCAUCUGAUCGAACUUUAACAAUCAGACAUAUUUCUUUCACACAAGCACCUCCGGCUAUAUUCGAAUGCAUUUGUGUUUCAAAUAUUUAUGAUUUUAAUCUGUCAAUAUCGAAUGUAUUGCCGUCAGCAGCCAAUUCAAGCUCAAGCAAUCUAGAAGAUGAUCUUAAGACGGGUAGAUGUGGUGAAGAUUUCGUCUUUCGAUAUCUUCAAUGGAAAUAUCCUGAUAAACAAAUCGAAUGGGUCAAUCAAAAUAAAGAAUCUGGUUUACCAUUUGACAUUCUAGUGAUAAACAAAACGACAAAUAAUGAAACAGAGUUAGUAGAAGUCAAAACAACUCGAUCAUGCAAUCAAAAUACGUUUCAAAUGUCAAUUGGUGAAAUUGAAUGUUUACUUGCAAAUCCAAAGAACUAUUCAAUUUAUCGUGUCUAUUAUACUGAUGAUGAAAAAUUAUCAACAAUUACAAUUCUUAGUCAAGUGAAAGUUCAUUUACAAAGUAAACAUCUUGUACUUUCUAUGACUAUCAUGGCAAAACCGAUUGAGAAAAUGACGUGA